AUGAAUGAACCUUCCGAGGUCCUAAAUUCCAUAAAAGAGUCAUACUUUACGGAAAAAAUCAAUGAAAGGACCAAACGGCAUCUCGACCAUUCUUACUCCGGUGAUUCUAUUUUUAGUUUUGUUACACCUCUUUUUAAUCCACCCGUAUCCGAGAAGUUUGUUCAAAAAGAAUCCAAGAGACACAAAAAAGUGAAUUUUAAAAAUUCAAAUUUAGCAUUAGAUCUAGAAUAUGUUACCAAAGUUUGUAACGAUACUAAAUUUUUCAUUAAACCGACCGAGGACGGAUUACAUUAUGUUAAUGAAUCAUUAAUGCUAUUUGAGUCAUUUUUACAUUCUUUGCCAAAUUUUAGCUUUAAGGAUUCAACGAAGGAAGACGCCGAAUCGUAUUUUGACGCAUUAUUUGAAUCACUUUUGUCAUGUAUAGAAAAGGAAAAAUAUGAAGUGGAAAUAAAAGAAGAACCAGCUGAUGAUUUCAGUUCAUUGGAGAUAAAGAAUAUAAAUAAACCCGAGUUUUCAAAUGAAGAUGAUCACCAGUUGAUGAAACAACUGUUGAUUUCGUUGCUUCUAGCAUAUAACUGGUCCCUGCAUUUAUAUAAUCUAACAAACAUCGCAUUUAAAAUUUCUAAAUCAGACCUAUCGGAUUGCGCAAAUGAAAGCAUUUUGAAAACUGCACUGGGCAUAAAGGAGUCAAACCGUAAUUACAUAUUUUAUAAAAACGUAUCUCAACAAUUGUGGUACCUCUUGAAGUCAAAAGAGGAAAAUGUAAAUUCAUUCAUAUCAGAAUUCACUCAAAAAAUCGCAUUCAUAAAUAAUAUAGUAGAUAUAGAGAUGGCAUAUGAACCAAACAUGUGGAAUAAACUAAAAUCCGAGAUUCCAGACUCAGAAAAGAAAACACCAUUCCCAUCUAGAAACCAUCAUGAAGAAAAUUUAAACAUCAUUAGAAAUGAAAUGGGAAGAAGAAUUAAUAACCAAACAAAGUGUGAAUAUCUGAGACGAGAACUAGAUGAUGUUACGUCCCAGAUGCUGAAUUUGGAAUCUAAAAAUGAAGAAGUACUCACAAAAUUAGACUCACUUAGGAAACAACUUGAAGAACUAAUGGGAUCAUUUACAACUGAAAUUGAUAAUACAAAGGCGGGAGAUUCAAAAAAAUUACCAGCGCCCAUGUCCACACUGUAUACACACCUGAACAAUUUCUCGCAGUCUAACCCACUGAGAGAUAUCAGUUUCAAGGUAUUAAAGGAAGAAAACGGAUUCCAAAUGUCACUCUCUGCACCAAGAGAUGUAUUGUUUCCAUCACUAGAAGCCACUAAAUUCUCGUUUCCAUUAGUCUAUCAGUUUGAAGUUAAAGGGAAAGAAAUAAAAGUGACCCAAGUUAACAGCCCUAAAUUGAUAUCAAGUAAAACGGCCAUGGAUCUGGCAAUGAAUAAAUUCAUGGGAAUUGAACAGCAAGGAGAUUUCGACUUUGGACUUAAACGAUACCAGGACCAACUGCCCAAGGAUUUUCAAGAAAACAUGGAAACUUUGUAUAAAUUAGCCCAGGAGUUUGUGUGGAACCUCUACAUCUUGGAGAGCUAUAAGACAAAUAACAAGUCCAUACUAUCAAAGAUACUCCCAGAGGAACUCCAGAAUAGAAAAAUACAUUCAAAGUACACAUAUAAAGAGAAAAAUAUCUGGAAUGUAUCAAAUGAAGCAGCCUCAGCAGUAGUACAAGUGGAAAGUAAUGGAAAUUUCAAGUUCAAGUUUAGCGAAUUUAAGAAAAAAGGAAAGAUUGAAGUGACUGAGAGUUCCAAACUUAUGGAACACCUGAAAGAAAAACAUGUAGUUAAGAUAGAGAACUUUGGUGACCUCUCGAAACCCAUCAUGGACUAUUUUAAUAAAGGAUACAACCUCAAUCACCUGUCAGUUCUGUUUGAGUCAUAUUUGGUAAGUACAAUAAAAAAUAACAAAUAUAGGUAUUAUUCGACCUUUUGUCUACCUAGAAACACUUGGAACACUUACAUAAUUCCUCUAAUUUUAGUACUUCCCUAA